AAAACUGGACGAGUUAUGGUCUCUGAAAAUAAUAUUAAUGCCAAUGGAAAUGACCAAGCUAUUGCCUGCCUUACCAAACAAAUUGCCAAGCUCAAUAUUAAUUUUGCUGAAAAACAACCUUCUACUUCU